AUGAAACUUUACUAUAAUGGUGAAAUAGAAGUGGAGGGGGAUGCCAAAGGGAAGAUUGAUACAAACGAUGUUCCUGUGUCGAUUGGACGCAACAGCGAAGGGAAUCGGGAACAUUACAUUGGACUUGUUGAUGAGGUUGCAAUCUGGAACGUUGCACUUAGCGAUGCCGAGGUGCAGCAAGCGAUGGACCAGGUUUUUGCUGUUGAGGCUGUAGGCAAACUGUCGGUGCGUUGGGCUGACUUGAAAAGCGAUUACACUGGAAAGUAG